CUUUGUUCGAGGUUUACCCCAGCUGGAGAAAUUGUACCGCGACAAUGUAUUACAGAAUGCACUCCCUCAGAACAUGGGUGAGGGGGUGGCCCAAGUUCACCCUCAUAGAUGACCUCGGGAACUUAUCCUGACCUCCCCAUUGCUGUUGGAGCGUUACCGGUCGGUACUUCAUUACUUAUGAACAACUUCGUUCCCGAUUUCGAGCCCUUUGCCAUCUUAUUUGGGGUUUGUAUAUAGAAAAGCAAUCACUCUCCUUUACCAAUCCGGUCGUCAUUUGUGGUCGAGAAAUAUGGAAUACGACACUUCCACGCUUCGAGAUGACCCGAUCAAGUCGGGCCAGAUUGAAAAGAACAACAAUAGCCCACUCAGGGGCCAUCUGCGAGCGAAAUCCGAUCGGGUCGAUGUCUCGAUACUCAAAGAGCCAAUCACUUUCGCCUUCUCCGGUCGGACAGCAAAGAAUCGAUUUCUGAAAGCGCCAAUGACCGAGAGAUUGUGUCAUUGGAACAAAGAAGGAGAAGAUAUUUCUGCCCGUGGAGUUCCGAGCCCGGAAUACCUCAAUCUGUACCGACGAUGGGGAGAAGGUGAGAUAGGCAUCAUCGUGAGCGGUAACACGAUGGUGCGCUAUGACGCCGUCGAGGCCUACGGUAAUCCCAUCUUGGUCGACGAUCACGAUGGCCGAGUUGCCAAGUACAAGGAGGUGACCGACGCCGCGAAGGCGCAUGGGUCUCUGAUUGUCGCUCAACUAUCCCACCCCGGGAGGCAAGGGAACAAGUAUCUCAACCCGAACCCCGUCAGCGCCAGCGAUGUUCAUCUGGCCAUCCAGUGGGCGGGUAACGAGUUCAACAAGCCCAGACCCAUGACCAUUCCUGAAAUCAAGGAGAUGGUCAAGUCUUGGGGCGAAACGGCGUAUUUGUGCCACAAAGCCGGCUUUGACGGAGUCCAAGUGCACUGUGCCCAUGGGUAUCUGCUCGCUCAAUUUCUCAGCCCGACGACGAACCAUCGAACAGACGAGUACGGCGGGGACCUGGUCAAUCGGUCUCGGAUCGUGUUCGAGAUCAUCGAGGAGAUACACCGCCGCGUCCCUGAUCCGUCGUUCAUCAUCUGCGUCAAGCUCAACUCGGUCGAGUUUCAGGACAAGGGCACGACCCCGGAAAACGCACGAGACCUGUGCCUCAAGCUCGAAGAGGCGAGGGUCGACUUUGUCGACUUGUCGGGCGGCACGUUUGAGGCGAGAGCCUUCGAGCACAAGAAACAAAGCACCAUUGCACGCGAGGCUUACUUUAUCGAGUUUGCGGAGAUGAUCGGGCCGCUGCUGAAGAAGACAAAGGUCUUCGUCACAGGCGGGUUCAGGUCAGCAUCAGGAAUGGUCAAGGCGGUCGCCGGGGGCGCGUGCGACGGGGUGGGCAUUGGACGACCUUUGGCUGCAGAGCCGUAUCUCGUCAAGGAGCUGCUAGAGGGCAAGACGACCGGCGCAUUGGAGAAUUUCGUACCUUUGCCGCUGAACACGCAGUCGAGUGGAACACAGCUGCAUCAGAUCGGCUGCGGAGAUCCGAUCAUCAGUGAUUGGAGUGUCGAGAGCGAGGUCAAGAGAUGGAUCGAAGCGAACGAGAAGGAAACCGCACGGAAACUGAGUAUCUUGCCCAAAGUCGACAGUUCGGGAUAUCCACCGCUCAAGGCUGAAGCUGGGUUUGCCUACCUGCAAGCAUAGACUGGGCGCUUCGCCAAAAGACAUUCGUAGACACGAGAGAGCGCUGUGUGCGCGCAUAAACAACGAAUGCAGUACGAAUCA